UCAUCUGUUUCUACCGUCAUAAACGUUAUUUGCACCCGCUGCUUACCGUUCAAGCUUGAGCUGCACCUGCAGCAUUUUGCUUGAAUUUGCUGGGAUGAUUUACGACUUGACAUCGUCCAACCUACAAGCAAUCCCUACGUUCCUAAGUCACUAGACGAUUUAGAAACACAUUGUUAAUCGCAGCGUGCUUAAAAUCAGCACUACUCGCCUUUGAAAACUGCAAGAGACGCUUUCAGAAAUAACCGAGCCUGCGUACCCAUAACCUGCGGAAGACCUGGAGUGACAUUGAUUGAACAUGGCGGCGUUUGAUCCCAUACUAGCCAGAGGGGUGAAACUGAUGCUAAGUAAUGAGCCUGAUGCUGCAGAGCAGUUGCGUGCCAUGCUGGAAGAAGCUCUACGCAACAAAUACGGAGCCAACAUCAAACUGCCUUCCUUGUCGGAAGUAGAAGAAUCAGCAGAGAGAAAGUUGUAUGACUCUGCUAGCUCCUCCAAGGUGCAUUCUCCAUCACCACUUACUGCUCUAUCAGACGAAUCUAGUGGUUCUGCCUCAGCCGACAUCGAUGAUAGCUUUUGCAUGAAUUUUACGGAGUUAUCAUGUGUUGUGUGUGGACAAUUUAAUGUUGGAGCUCGGAACCAAUUGAUGGAAUGCAACUCGUGCCAGAAGUUAUAUCAUCAAGAUUGCCACGUGCCACCAGUGCAGGAACUGGCAUCAUCUAGCUGGGAUUGUGGAGAUUGUGCUAAAAAGAAACAACCAAAAGUUAAAACUGAAUCACCAGUGUCUGGUGGCAAACCAGUGUCUUUUGCCAGUCUAACUAGUGGUAAGAAAGGCUCUUCCUCAUCCCAUAAGAGCUCCUCAAAGUCGAGCUCCAGUUCAAGUUCCAGUUCAUCACAUAAAUCAUCAUCAAAAUCAUCUAGUAGUCACAGUCAUAGCAGCAGUAACAAACGUCAUUCUUCAUCAUCAUCAUCAUCUCACAAAUCCUCGAGCCAUCAUAAAAGCAGUAGCAGCCGCCAUUCAAAAUGAUAUCUGAGUACGCUUAUUUUUUCAUUUCAAUUUUCUUGAUAAAUAACAACAAUCUGUUUGCUUGAUCAUGACAGUGACACUAUUCAAUUGUAUUGAAUACCUUGGUUUUUUAAUCAAAUUUUUCAUCCUACUUUGUCAUAAUUAUAUUAUCAUCUCUGUAUUAAAUUACUUGACAGGGAGCCCAUAGGAAAUAAACCAUUAUUUACAGCGGGCUUCCCUAGUCAAUGCUCUCUACUCGGUG